AUGGGUCUCGCCGCUGCCAAGAACAAGCGGAAGCUGGGAACCGACCCCAACAACACGAAAUGGUCCCGUAAUGAAACCACUUUCGGCCAAAAGAUCCUUCGCGCCCAAGGCUGGCAGCCCGGCGAUUUUCUGGGCGCCAAAGAUGCUGCGCAUGCCGUCCAUCACACGGAAGCCAGCUCAACACACAUCAAGGUCACGCUCAAGGACGACAACCUUGGUCUCGGCGCGAAGCGAAACAAUGGCGACGAGUGCACUGGUCUCUUCGAUUUCCAACAUUUGCUUGGACGACUGAACGGCAAGGCCGAGGAUGUUCUGGAAGCCGAGAAGCAGAAGCGCGAAAACCACCUCCGCAACCACUACUUGGAACAAAAGAUUGGAACGAUCCGCUUUGUCAGGGGCGGCUGGUUGGUUGGUGAUGUGGUCAAGGAGAAGGUGACGGAAGAAGACGGUGUACCACAAAGCGAAUCUGUCGAUCAACAACCCUCCGAAGACACCAACAGCGCCGAGUCCACAGAGAACAAAUCUAAGAAGAGGAAGGCGGACAGCCACGACGAAGACGAGAAGGAGGAAAAGAAGGACAAGAAAUCGAAAAAGCGCAAGACCGACACCGAAGCUGAAACAGACAGCGAAUCUUCAAAGUUAAAGAAGACGGAGAAGAAGGACAAGAAAGAAAAGGAAAAGGAAAAGAAGAAGAAGGAGAAAAAGGAGAAGAAGAAGAGCAAGAAGAGCUCGAGCGACUCCGACGAUGAAGAUGACGUAGAAUCGUCCGCUUCGGAGGCCAAGAAGUCGAAGAAGGACAAGAAGAGGGAAAAGAAGGAGAAGAAGGAGAAGAAGAAGGAGAAGAAAGACAAGAAGCGCAAGGAGAAGGAGUCAUCAGAGUCUGCCACAGAAAGUGAAGACAGCAAAUUGAAAGACAAGAAGAGGAGGAAAGACGACACUGAGACGGCGACGAGCAGCGGCACAUCUACUCCUACUAUCACAUCCUCAACACGGUUCUUGGCCAGGUCAAGGUUCAUUGCGCAGAAAAAGAUGGCUUUCGCCGACAGCGCAGCUCUCAACCAGAUUUUCAUGAUCAAGUCAUAG